AUGUUCACGGACCUUUUUCUCUACGCUAUGAUUGUUCCCGUUAUGCCCACAGCGUUGGUUGAUCGGGCUGGAGUGGCAUAUGAAGAUCGUAUGUUGAUGCCCUGCUCGAUUGAAGAUCUUGGUCGCUCACACAAAGAAUUCAUCAUAGGGGAACAUUGGAACAGCAUUUUACUUAUCGCUGAAGCUGUCUCAGCCCUCGUCUCCAGCCCGAUUUUUGGAUAUGCGCUAGAUGUCUCUGGUACACGCCAAGGCUUGUAUCUGCUCGGACUUAUUCUUCUUGCUGGGUCGAUGGCGGCGUUGACCGCUGCUCGCUCGGUCGCAUGGUAUGUGGUUGCGCGAGUGCUGCAAGGUUCCGCGACGGCCAUGGUUGCCGUGGCUGGUCUUGCGAUUGUAACGGAUACAGUGGACAAAAAGCAGCUCGGCCAGAUGCUCGGGUAUAUUGGUACCGCCACGACGCUAGGCUUUAUGGCUGGUCCAUUACUGGGAGGCAUAGUAUACCAGGAGGGAGGCUUCUACGCGGUGUUUGGCAUGGCAUUUGGCAUCGUUGGCCUCGACAUGUUCCUACGACUCGCGGUGGUGGAGAAGAGAACCGCGAACCGUUGGCUCUCGUCACCUUCGGAUAGUGAGCAUCUAUCUGAAGAGACGAGUGACGAUCCACAGGAGACAUCUGCGACAUCUUCGGAGAGCGAAGAGCCAUCUGACGAAGCUAGUAUGAGGAAGGCACCAUCCUCCGAUGGAGAACAACAACCCGACGAAAAGCGCCAUGGUCCAAAGGAGUCAGCGGUAGGAGCAAGUGUGCAAGUCAACACUUCUACCCCCGCCACAGACGACAGGACACGCAAGGGCAGAUUUGCUCUUCUCAAGUUACUCAAACAGCCGCGAAUUCUCAUUAUUGGCUGGGCCGUCAUUGUCAGCUCAAUCGUGUUCUCUUCCUUCGAUGCUACACUCCCAAUUUUCGUUCAAGAUACCUUCCAUUGGAAUGCUUUGGGGCAGGGUUUAGUUUUCCUCCCACCCUGUGUGGCAUCCAUCCUCCAGCCACUUUUUGGUUACUUGUCUGACAAGUUUGGGGCACGGUGGAUUACAUUCACCGGAUUUGUCGCUUUGGCGCCCUGUCUGAUCUGUCUCCGCUUGAUCGAACGCAAUACCCUGACAGAGAAGGUCAUCCUUUGUCUCCUACUGGGUCUAGUUGGGGCUUGUGCCGACCUCACCAUUCCUGCUUUGCUUGUGGAGCUCCAGAUGGUGCUGGACGACAUGGAAGAGAAGGAGCCUGGCGUGUUUGGGGAAAACGGUGCGAUUGCGCAAGCCUUCAGCCUCGAGACAAUGGCGCAAUUUGGGGGCUUAGCUCUAGGGCCGCUCAUCAGUGGCUUUGUUGACGAUCACUACGGGUGGAAAGUUAUGACACUUCUCCUUGGUAUCUUGGCUGGGAUCACAGCCAUCCCUAUGCUUUGGCUCAGUGGUGGCCGGAGAGUUUGGCCCGAAAAGGCGCCCGAAGAUGCAUAA